AACUAUUUCGGUUCUUCCAUAGUCCAGUUCCUCUAUAAUCUUGGCUACUUCGGAGGAGCAACCGAGCAGAGAGGAGUUAAAAUGGAUAAUCAAGAUUCUGAUCAGAGCAUUUCAGAUUACGAUGAAGACUUCGACCGUGAAUCCUUAUGUGAACCCAAACGGAAAAAGGAGAACAAUAUGGGCUCAAAACUUCCUGUCAUGUCUGGGGGCUUCAAGUUCAAAAAUGAUCAUCUGCACGGCAUAGAGAUUGAAAACCAAGAUGAAACAUGCAUGUGGUCCUCAGUUCUUAAAGAAGCUGAGGAUUUGGUAUUUUCACAUGAAAACACUGGAAGUUCCUCAUCCUAUGUGGGCCAUUCUGAUGCGAGGAAAAUCUUAAAAGCUGCUUCAGGAAGCCGAGGCAAAACUAAGCCCAGGUUUUCUUUUCAUUACCACUCACAUAUGGAAGAAACAUCCUUGCCUUCUAUGGUGAAAGAUGAAUGUGACGAAUCAUCCAUGGUUUCUCAGCUACCUGUGGGAGUAGGAACUCUUGACCACAAAGCUAUAGACCACUCAAUGACUGAGCUCUUGGAGAAUCUUCAGGAGAAAAAGAAAAAACAGUCUGAUGUUCAUAAAUUGCCUGCUAAAUUAUUAGAUGUUGGGAACAGACAUUUGGAGCAUUCAAUGGCCGAGCUUCUUGAAGGUCUUCAGGACAGGAAUGGUCAUGCAAUUGAGGCCUCAAAGAAUUGUAAGACAAAAGGAAGGAGAUUAGAGCUCAACACGAAGAGAAAUAUAUCAACCUUGGGAAAUAGAGCCUUUGACAAUGAAGACUUUCCUGAGACUAUUGGUUGUGGAACAUCAAGUGAGGAUGAGACCAGUGAUCAAAAUCAGGAAAAACCUGUGACUCCUGAAACAAGGGUGCGCACUAUGGCAGAUCAAUUCCAGGAAGCUUUAAAUACUGCAGCUGCAAAUAAGAGGGAGAUCCUCUUCACAACAUCUAAAGAGACAGGAACUGGAUACCAUGGGAGGUUGCUACAAGUUAUGCAAACUGAAAAGGAAAGACAUGUAGAGUUUUGGAAACAGUUACAGACAGUAGCCCAUUCACCCAACAAAGUGAGAUGCAUUGAUGUGAAAAUAUUGUCAAGGUGCUUGGAUGCGAAGUUGACAGUUUGUCAUUGUUCCCUUGGUGAAAACAAUGAGAUAAACAAAUGUGCAGAGAACACCCAAAAGAUUAUGGAAAAAGGAAGAAGGAAAAAGACCGUCAUCUUCAGCCCGACCAUAUGUGGCAAUGUGGAGGUCGAGGUGGGAAACCCGAUACGCAUUCACCCUCCAUGGAAAGAGGUAGAUGUCAUGGGGAAUGAUGAAAGCAUUAUUUUAUGCACAUAUUUCUCCAAAAUUUCCACAUGAAAACAACAAUUUUUUUUAACUUCCCAAGAGAAGAAGGUAAGCUUGAGUUUCUCUCUUUUCUCUUUCAUUAGCAUGCAGUUGGGGUCUGACUCAAAUGGGACUUGGGAGCCAUUUUCUUGCAAGAAGCUAAUCAUAAGAAAUUGGGGUUUGGAGUCUCUGUGUUUGUAAGAAAUUUUUAUUUCAAGAACUUUAUUGUAUCCAUUAUAAGGAAGUUGAAAUUUGCUGUGUAGAACUUGGUUUG